AUGUUGAAGUACACCCAAGGCCCACAUGGGAGGGUGUGGGGUAGUGAGGCCCCUAUGUCAUGCUUCAUUUUGGGGGGAGAGAUGUGGCAGGGUGGGUCUGAAGACCCAGAGACUGUGCCCAGUAUGUUAUUGAGAUGGCGUAGCGUGACCGUGGGAGAGUGAGAAUACGUAACACCAGGGUAGCGUUCAGUAUGGCCCAACGUUAUGGAACGUUCAGGUAGAAACGUGGUGUAGAACAGCCAAGCUUUUCUAUCAUGUCGACUAGGGAAUCAUGGCAUCUCUAUACAUUACAUUUUCUAUCUGCAACAUUCAGAAUGUUGCGUCCUUCUGAACGUGACCCAGGUUGAAAAGACAAUACAAUGUGUUUGUUGACCUCUCUGAGAGGCUCUUUAUGUACUGUAAACAGAAGUGAGCUGGAGAUGUUGAGGUGUGGUAGAUGUCCUUUAGAUGAACCAGUACUGUAGAAUAAUUGAAUGUCCUGGCGGGCAUUAAUCUCCCUCUCUAAAUCGCUGACUGCCAGAAAAUGCCACCUCUGCCUUAAGUGCAUCAGUCCUACGUUUUCUUUACUUGAAACAUGUACAUUAUUAACAAUGUAGUAUUUAAUCUAUGACAAGGCUGCUAUUGACUUACUAGUGCCAUUGCAUGGAGUCCAUUUCAUUGAUUCUAAAAUAAUAUUGUUAAGUACUGUUCUACCAUGUGUCUUGAUGCCUUCAUGAGUAUUGGUCCUGAUGUCUAUAUUGAUUUUAAUAAUUUCAAGUACAUUUUCUCUUGCCAGUUCAAUGGACCGGAUUCAACUAACCAAAAUGAGUUAGUCUAUGUUCAGUGUUGUGACUUUCUGUAUUCCUGUGAACUCAAGCUCUAGAGCAAUACAUUGUGGAAACAAUUUUACCCAAGUUCAUCUGCAGUAAGACUAUGAUCGACUUUGUGUUAGGAAGCCAGUGUUCGUUGGUUACGCGCCGGAGUUCUAUUGCCUGUGGUGAAGUUCAUCAGAAGCUAGUUAAAACAUAUCCCAAAGGGCAAAGCACAUCGUUCUCUGUUAAGUUCUUAUCAUCUGUGAACCUUAAGGCUAGUCACAUAGGAAUAUUUGACGCUGUGUAUGUGAUGGGAAGAUGCUCCCUGCCUGUCUGCUUUUAACACUUCCCUUUUCUUUUGUAACUCUAUACGUGUCUUCAGGAAUAUUUUAAAUGUUCUUUAUUUUUAUGAAAAUAUAUUUUUCGUUGAAAUUAUUGUUGUAAAUAUGUAGUGUUAUUAAACCUAUUUCAAUGAGAAAUGCUUGUUUAAUACUUCUGUAAUGUAGUGCUGAUCACUGGGGCUUGGGGAGAAAGACAGUGUGGCCCUGUCCAGAAACAACCCCUAGCCACCAAUCCCCAGGCAUUUCAUAUAGACCUGAAAUAAUUGUUUCCACUUAGCCCUCUGAAGGGGUAUGGAUAAUUUUUGCUAUAUUGCUUAUCUAAUCUGUGUAUAAGUAGUCAAGGCUAGUGGCUGUUUCUUGUCCGGGCCCAGAUAAUCAGUGAGAUAUCUGUUUCUAGGCAGAAACCAUCGUGUCUUGCCAUUGGCUGAAACCAGCUCCAAAGUGACCUAUCAAGUUCAGUAACUCUACCUUGCCCUCAUCACAGUAUACAUGUCCUUAGACAUAUAGAAUGUCACCCUGCAUGUGCUUCUGUUAGUACCCUGACUCUCUUCUUUUACCAAUUCCAUCAGCUAAAGUGGCUGUUCUAAAUAGGCUAUAUUCCACGAUGACCUGGAGUUUAGUUGAAAUAAAAGUGAUUGACAGCCACCCAGGUUGUAGUUGGCCCAAUACCAAAUAUGGGAGAGCUGGCCUCUACAGGCAGCUCAUAGUAAACAAGUGGUUGGUUAAGAACAGUGGGGUCUGAAACGAUGUCUCUGGAACAGCCAUGGCUACUUUUGGAGUCCUUACACGGGACACUAUUAAUAGAUUCCCUUUUAUCUUUAAUAAUGUGGUGUCCUAUGUGUAGUAGUAUUAUUAUUGUAGCAACCUGCAUAGCCUGCCAUUAAUACUUCUGUUUAGCAUCACCACUGUAUCAAUGUUACCAUAGACAUGAUCUUCAAAGUUUCUCAUUUUGCCUUACUGUAGCAGAGGGAUUUACCUGACAGCAGCUAGGCAGCCUUGACGUCAGAGCUGCAGGGAUUUUUUGCAGGGACACCGUUGUCUUCGUUGACUGAAUGGAAUCGAGGGUGGCCUGGUCAAGUGAGGAAAGUUUUACAGUUAGUCUCAUGCUCAUAUUGCCCUCAGAAAGCCUCCCAAUAUAAGGCCAGCAAGCCUCUGUUUAGCUCCAGGGAGCUUUGUGUAACAUCCAUCUGAUGGCAGAUAGCGUUCCAAACUAAUGCCCCUGCUGCAAUUUCAGAUACAGUCUGCCCUGUUGCAGGUUUGUCUAAGUUUGUGUGCAGGGCCGGCUCAAGCUUUUUGGUUUUAAAGCUAAUUUCCUGAAAUUCUACACAUUUUGCCGUGACUUAUGCCAUGUUAAAAUGAUAUCUGAGUGAGAGUGGCUAACAAAAUCAAUGGGGGCCCCCUGGAGAUCAGGGCCCUUGGGCACGUGCCCUUCAUGCCCGGUCGGUAAUUCGGCCAUGAUUAGUACAAGUUUAGAUAGCUGGCUAGACUAAUUUGCCAAUCAAAUUUUUUUUAGUGAGUGACAAUUGAGUGACACACAUUGACUAACUGUGGUGUUUUUCAUACUCAUAAGAAUAGAUCAUUAGAAUUAGAACCAUGUGAUAUAAGUGGGAUAGAGUCUUUUGUUCAAUGCCCUAGGCCUAGUCUAUGAGUCUGGCCAGCUAGACCACCUGUGCCCUGGCUAAAGACGUCUGACAUGCAUCCUAACAAAGAAUAGCCAGUCUAGUUUAUGACUGGGGGCAUCCAACACACACUAGUGACAGACGUCUGCUGUCAGGGUCACACUUACUGCAACAUACCUAGCUGACUACCUAGCUAGCAUUCUUUGUGAGAGGACAAUUGUUGUCAUCCACCUGACAACAACGUUGUGUGGGACACUGAAAAUUGAAAGAAACUCUUCAAUAGCACUAGUCCAAAAAGUGUUGUUCAACUGCAGACUCACUGUGUUAUUUCUAUCAAGCUACCAAAUGAUGUGUAUUUGAUAUGUAAAGUUGUAUUGCUACUACCCCUAUUGGGGUAUCUUUGAUACUGCAGUGUUGGUACAGCCCUCAAGCAUCAUUAUGCAGCUGCACCCAAGGGUUUCCACUAGAUAGCACAGUCACAAAGUCGGAAUUGUCUACAUUUUGAAAUUUAAUGAUGACAAAAAUUAGCUUUUUAGUCUUAAUUUAAAGUUAGGGUUAGCAGUGGGGUUAGGGUUAGAUUUACAAUCACAUUUUAAGAAGAGAAAUUGUCUAAAUAGGCAGGGUUUAAGACUUUGUGGCUGUGGUAACUAGUGACGACCGCACCCAAGGGGCCAGGGUUCCAGUCUAGAAGUACGGUUUGGACUGCUCCUACAGUCUUGCUUUAGUACUGCUGUUUAAUUGAAGCCGGGCCCAGAAAGCCAAUUUCCAUAGACAGCCACAUAGAGAAGUCAGAUUUGAAAAUUCCUAAUAAGACACUUUAGUCAUCAUCUUUGUGGCUGAGGUCAGACAUUUUUUUCUCCAUCACCCCAGUAUCUCUAUUUGCACAUCAUCUCUUGCACAUCUAUCAUUCCAGUGUUAAUACUAAUUGUAAUUAUUUUGCACUAUGGCCUAUUUAUUGCCUUACCUCCAUAACUUGCUACAUUUGCACACACUGUAUAUAUAUUUUCUGUUGUUUUUUUGACUUUAUGUUUUGUUUUACCCCAUAUGUAACUCUGUGUUGUUGUUUUUAUCGCACUGCUUUGCUUUAUCUUGGCCAGGUCGCAAUUGUAAAUGAGAACUUGUUCUCAACUGGCUUACCUGGUUAAAUAAAGGUGAAAUAAAAAAUACAAAAAACUCACAGCCAAAGAUAUUGAAAUUGUAUAUUCAUCCAAUGUCUACCAUGUUUUUGGAUGACGUGAUGAAGUCGUUGCUGCUUGCGCUGCUUCCUGUGUGCACUGUGUUCUAGCACACGUGAAGUUGGGCCGUGUAAAGCAGAUGCAACCUGGAUAUAGACGGUCCAUCAAUCGCGUGAGUAGAUCAUGUUGAAAACAGCGGUCGGACAUCUUGGAAGCAGUCUCCAGUUCUUUAUACCUCAGUGGCUAGGUCCCAUGUAGCUCAGUUGGUAGAGCAUGGCAUUUGCAACGCCAGGGGCAGGGGUUUGAUUCCCAUGGGAGACCAGUACGAAUGAAAAGGUAUGCACUCACAAGUAAGUCGUGUAAAAAUGUAAAAUAAAUUACAUUUAAAAUGUUAAAAUGCCUGCACCCCUCAGUUUAGCAUAAGAAGUGCCUAUUUUCUCGGUUAUUACAGUGCUGAGUGCAUUGCUGACUUUUCCGCAUGUAAAAACAGGACAUUUUUAAUACAGAGGAAAUGUGAAAUAGUACCACAUAUCCAACAUUUUCACACGUUAAUCCAAUCCAUGUUUCAAGUAUGCUUGUUUUUAAACACUAUGUUUUGCCCAAAAAUUAUUACAUGGAAAAUGCUGGUAAAGUGUUUUUAGAUUCAUACUGCAGCCUAUGUCACUGCUCUUAGUUUUGCUGAUGCUUACAAAACAUUGUGCACACCCCAUGGCUUCAACCAAUCAUCUUGCAUGUGGUUUUCCCAUGCAGUGCCCCAUUAGCUGCUUACACAAGCAACAUGUCUCAAACCCUAAAUAAAAAAGAUGAAAACUCCUUGACAGUGAACCUUUUCCUUUGAAGAGCCAUUUCUGAUUUUACCUUUCAGAUCGGUGUAUCGGGUUCAUUUUAUUUAAUGGACAGCAUCAUAUUCUUGGCUAUAUUAAUCUAUUAUAUUGAUCUACCACUUAGUAUCUGUUUUGGUUGUCUGACAAUCUGACAAUCAACACUGAUAGUUUCCUGCCCAAUUCACCCCUGAUUUUGUACCCUGAUGAUGACCCAUUUUGACCCCUGAAAAGUCAAAACGCAGUUAAUAAAUAUGUAUAGCCGACAACUUUUUCCCUGGGCCUUUGUUGACCACACUGCAUCCAAAACUGCUGAUGGUAUGAUCAUUUCAUGUACACGUCUGCGUCUUGUCUGUGAAAAGUAACACCUAAACUUACUGAGUGGGUAAAAUGCUGUUAAACUGAAGUUCUUAACUUCUCUUUUUUGGUUUGUGACAUUAGUCCUUGUUCAUGGGUAUAUACGUCCAUCCGUGGACUGAUUUUCAAGAUGCUGACCUAAACAGGUGGGGACACGUUUUUACAUUUCAAGUGCUUUGUAGAGUUACAUUUGUAUUUUUAUUAGGGAUCCCCAUUAGCUGCUACCAAGGCAGCAGCUACUCUUCCUGGGGUCCAAACAUAUUAAAGCACUUACAUUACAUAUAAAACAAAAUAUAAAACAGUACAUCAUAUGACAUUAUUACACCACUACCUAUCUACAAUACAAAAUGUUUAAUACCACCAUACAACAAUAUCACAAUGUGUGCGUAUGCAUGUGUCUAUACCCUUGUGUGUGUCUCUUCACAGUCCCUGUUGUUCCAUAAGGUGUAUUUUAACCUGUUUUUUAAUUCUGAUUAUUCUGCUUGCAUCAGUUACCUGAUGUGGAAUAGAGUUCCAUGUAGUCAUGGCUCUAUGUAGUACUGUGCACCUCCCAUAGUCUGUUCUGGACUUGGGGACUGUGAAGAGUCCUCUGGUGGCAUGUCUUGUGGGGUAUGCAUAGAUUUCCGAGCUGUGUGAUAGUAGUUUAAACAGACAGCUCGGUACAUUCAGCUUGUAUACACCUCUUACAAAAACAAGCAGUGAUGAAGUCAAUCUCUCUUCCACUCUGAGCCAGGAGAGACUGACAUGCAUGUCAUUAAUGUUAGCUCUCCGUGUACUUCUAAGGGCCAGCCGUGCUGCCCUGUUCUGAGCCAACUGCAAUUUUCCCAAGUCCCUCCUUGUGGCACCUGACCACACUACUGAACAGUAGUCUAGGUGCGACAAAACUAUGGCCUGUAGGACCUGCCUUGUUGAUAGUGUUGUUAAGAAGGCAGAGCAGCGCUUAAUUAUGGACAUACUUCUCCCCAUUUUAGCUACUGUUGUAUCAAUAUGCUUUGACCAUGACAGUCUACAAUCCAGGGUUACUCCAAGCAGUUUAGUCUCCUUAACUUGCUCAAUUUCCACAUGAUUCAUUAUGAGAUGUAGUUGAGGCUUAGGGUUUAGUGAAUGAUUUGACCCAAAUGCAAUGCUUUUAGUUUUGGAAAUAUUCAUUCAGGACUAACUUAUUCCUUGCCACCCAUUCCAAAACUAACUGCAACUCUUUGUUAAGUGUUGCAGUUAUUUCAGUUGCUGUAGUAGCUGAUGUGUAUAGUGUUGAGUCAUCCACAUACAUAGACACACUGGCUUUACUCAAAGCCAGUGGCAUGUCGUUAGUAAAGAUGGAAAAAAGCAAGGGGCCUAGACAGCUGCCCUGGGGAAUUCCUGAUUCUACCUGGAUUAUGUUGGAGAGGCUUCCAUUAAAGAACACCCUCUGUGUUCUGUUAGACAAGUAACUCUUUAUCCACAUUAUAGCAGGGGGUGUAAAGCCAUAACACAUACGUUUUUCCAGCAGCAGACUAUGAUCGAUAAUGUCAAAAGCCGCACUGAAGUCUAUCAAAACAGCCCCCACAAUAUUUGUAUCAUCAAUUUCUCUCAGCCAAUCAUCAGUCAUUUGUGUAAGUGCUGUGCUUGUUGAAUGUCCUUCUCUAUAAGCAUGCUGAAAGUUUGUUGUCAAUUUGUUUACAGUAAAAUAGCAUUGUAUCUGGUCAAACACAAAACAUUUUCUCCAAUAGUUUACUAAGGGUUGGUAACAGGCUAAUUGGUUGGCUAUUUGAGCCAGGAAAGGGGGCUUUACUAUUCUUAGGUAGCGGAAUGACUUUCUUUAAACACAAAUGUCAGUUCCUGUACCGUUGGUACCAUUUAAAAUCCUUUAAGUGCAUUACAUUAAUAAUUUGCUCCAGGAUGCUAAUAUAUUCUGUUUCAACACAUUUGACAGAGGAAUUUGACAGCCGUUAUAGUUUUCCCUAACUUUGGUGUUCUAAUCUACAGAGUCCCUCAUCAUUGACUUUGAGAUGCAGUGUUUCAAGGUAAGAACAUUUAGACAGCAUAAAUUAAAACGAAAUACCUUAUAUCUGAUCACGCUCCUCUUCUAAUUAAUAUGUAAUUACCAGAACAUUAAUUUGGGAAUAGCACAAUAUCUCAAAAUGAUCUUAGAAAUGAAUAAUAAUUGAAAUAGUACUAUCUUAUAUAAUUGAUUUGUCACUGUUUUCCCCAGAUGAUUGCAUUAGCUGAUGCUGUGUUCUUUGCUAUCCUAUCAUCCUACACAGUGGGCUCAGUAGGGAAUGCCAGUUCUGUGAGUAUCAACUACUCUGAGUGAUGUUCAAAAGCAGAGCAGAUGGAGAUUUGGAAUAUAGAAAUCAUACAUUAUGUAUUAAAUACUUUCUUCCCAAUGUUGUUUACUUUGGAUGAAAGUUCCAACUCCUGCCUAAUAAUGAGAUUGGCACAGUGCAAAAAAAAAAUCAAAAGGAUUGCCAAAUGAAUAACACAAAUAGAUUAUCUUAAUCUUCCAGGUUGAGUUUAAGAUUAGGACAUUUGAGGAUCAACCUUUGGUGAUGCAACUUGCUGCUGUCUACAAGGUAAUGCCAUUAAAAAAAAAAAACUUAAAUUACAUGUUUUAGAAAUUAUUUCUGUGAUGUAGCCUAAUCAAUCUUUGCUCAUCCCUAACAAUAAUGCUGUGUAACAAGAUUAAUUAGUUAUUCAUUGGUUAUUGUCAUAUAUCUUUCUUUUUUUAUCAGGAAAUGGAACACUUAAAAUGUGAACAAAAAAUAUUUGGCAACAGCGGGAGGCCCUGAAUCAGUUAAGGGAUUUUCCUCUUAAUUAAGAUCUAUCUUUUUUUAUAUGAUUGUGUGCUUCUUUAAACAGGCAGAUUAUACUUUUUGUAUGUGUUUCUUCAUCCACAGAUGCUGACAAGCCCAAAGAUUGAGACUACAACAGAAAUAGGUCAGUGAAUUAAAUAUGAUUAUUAGUCCUUUACAUCACAAUUACAUUUCUAUAACUUUUUUUAUGAAGAUAAUUUUUGCAGCUUGUAAUAUAGUAUACCUAUCUGACAUUUACUGCAGUAGAUUUAAUUAUUGUUGAUAAGUAAAAUUUGAUCAUCAUUAUAAUCCUUGACAAGAUAUCCAUAUGACUAGCUUUAGUGUGAGCAUAACUGGUCUGUUGUUUAUUUCCUGUCUGGUCUCUGUCUAUGUGAUAUCUCUGGUAGGCAGCACUUCUCUUGUUUACCCUCCAAACCAUGGAGAGGAGGACAUCAUGUGGUCAUCAGAGGAAGAAGACUCUACGCGACCCUUCGAUCCCUGCUUCCACUACACCGUCCUGGACCAGGCCUGGAGGGCCACUAACACCAGCAACAAGAACCAGAUGUGUGACCGCAAUGUCAAGUGGCAAGGCUGGUACCGCCUGUUGUACAAGGGCAACAGUCUGCAGAUGCCCGAGAGGUGUGUGCCCAUGGACAAGUGUGGCACCCACGCCCCCCUGUGGCUGGCUGGGUGUCACUUCUUUGCCUCCUACCCCGGUCCCAUCUCAGGCAAGGUGAACCGCAUCAAGUACAGGACUUUCCUUGUGAACGUCGGCGAGCCUUCAACCGGAGGACCGGGGUGUUCCAGGCUCCUGUCAAAGGAGUCUACCAGUUCUUCUUCUCCACACAGAGUGGGAAACACGGCGUCAAGACGGACCUGUGGUUGCUGAUCAACGGUUACUGGGUGACUGUCUCUCACACCAACAUCAGGAGUCCUGCCACUGUGGGUAAUCUGUCCACUUAUAUGACCUUUCUGCGCAGAGGGACCCUGGUGUAUGUGAGCCAUGACUGUGGUAGCUCUUGGGCCAAUGCUGCAUCCAAUACCAUCACAUUUGGGGGGUCACUGCUUGUUCAGUUGAACAGGUAGACUAAAGCCUAGAUGUGUCUGUUUUGAUUUUGUAUAUGAUUCUUAUUUACAGAUGUAUUGGUUUUGUGUUCAUUUUUUUUACAUUCUGUCAAAACAGCAUUGCAGUUGAAAACAGUUCUUCUAACUUUGACUUUUACAUUUCGGUAAUUUAGCAUAGCUUGCACUCUUGUCCAGAGGAACUUACAGUCAGAUGCAUGGACAUCAAUAAUUUGGCUUAAAAUAAAUACUAUAUGUUGCUUCUGUAGUAAGUGAAAGUUUGCUUGAAUUCAAAAUGAAAACAAUUUAGAUUCUCAAGAGUUGAAAUUAAAGACAGUCUUAAUGCAAUUCUCAGAUUGUUUGACAUUUCAUUUCCAUAUUUUGCUGACAUUCACAAAAGGCAGCAGUAAGAAAAAUAUUUCCCGCCCAUGACGUUUUCAGAGUAAAAUGCUGUGUUAGUUGAUACUCUAUGUCACUAAGAUAGGCCUUCUGUAUUUUAAUUCGAUUAUAGUACACUAAUAAGAGAUUCUAAAAGAAUAGCCUACCUCUCUCAAACACAAGAUGGCAUACUAGGGUAUCAAAUGUUAUUUGUCACAUGCGCCGAAUAAAACAGGUGUAGAACUUACAGUGAAAUGCUUACUUACAAGCCCUUAACCAAAAAUGCAGUUUUAAGAAAAAUAAGUGUUAAGUAAAAAAUUGAUAACUAAAAAAUAACAAAUAAUUAAAGAGCAGCAGUAAAAUAACAGUAGCAAGGCUAUAUUCAAGGGGUAAUCGUAAUUCGUAGGCAGAUUACAGCAGCAUCAGUUAAAUUAUAUAGACUGUCAGUCAUAAACCUAUAUAUUGAGUUUAUUUUGCCAGUGUUCAGUAGGCCUAAUUCCAAGAAACUAAAAGUGCUGAGAGUGUUUUUGUCAUAUGUUCAUCAUCAUCAUCAUCAUCUAUAUGAUGAGUCAGUGGUCCAAAUUCUGUAACAGGGAGUUGAGUUGAGCCCAAAAAGUACAUGCUAUGUCUUUUUUUAUAUUUUUACAUGGUAUUCUUUUUGACAUACAAAAACUACCCAAAGUCACAAAUGGUAGGCCGAGUUGCCAACAACCGGAAGUCCCGGUUUUCAGGGGAAAUGGAAGAGAGCGCCUGUGAUGUGACUUCCACUGUUGGAAGUUAACUAGUCCACACUCCAUCUUAACAUUUACUGGAUUGUUUGAACAGCGCAGAAGAGAACCUCCCCCGACAUUUUUUUUUUGUCAAGACCCGAAUGUGGGGGAUCUAGUUUCAGGUGUUUCUUUUAGGCCUGCUAAUUUAGAUUAGCCUGCACUUAAGAUAAGUUGUAGGCUAUGAAUGUUUCCUUAUAUGGCAUAAUUAUAGGGAAUCAUUUGAGGCCCUGACUAGGCAUACUAAAUUGGAUGUGAAGAACUUGUCAAAAUGACCAGUCAUCCCGAGAAAUUUAUAAAACUGUUCAGUGGUCUUGGGAAUUGUAAUAUUUUCAAAUUUACACACGACAAGUUUAGACCAACACUUCUGACCAGGGGGAGGAGCGUCGCGAGGCGGUUAGGAUUCUAUUCGUCUGUAUUGAGUCAAGACGAGAAAUUAAAGGAAAGGGCUCUAUUGAUAGGCGUUUAGUGUAACGGGAGUCGGGACAAUACCUUUUCGGCGAAAGCAAUAAGUCUGUCUGGAUAUGAAAACAUAUUCUGAAAUAACCAUUCCUAUUUGAAACCUUCCGUUGUAUUGAGAACAAAUAAUUAUAUACGUUUUGCUAUAAGUUUGGCUGUUUUGUAUCGUUUCCUUAUUUUUCCAGCUCAUUCAAAAUGAGUAAAAAGUAACAUUGUAUCACUUGUACUGUUUACUACAUGAAUGAAGACAGUACUCAUCGACGAUUUAGCGCUUGAAUAGGUGCAUUGACCAGCUCGCCAUUGUUUACCUGGUGUCGCGGAGGACCACUUCAAAACAGUGAAGUUGUCUUUUACCAAAAAGUAUUUUCUCCUGAACCGAUUUUUUUAGACCAAAAUACAACAUGGCAGAACACGAGAGUCUGGAGUUUGGAAAGGCUGACUUUGUUCUUCUGGACAACGUUUCUUUGGAGGAAUUCAUGGCUAACCUAAAGCUCAGGUAGGUAGUGGCGUCCACCACGGUCGUUCACCUCAAUGAGGCAAGGCGUAGCCUGCGUGUUCAGGAAAAUCAUGUUUCCUUGUCUGAUGGACGCUUUAGAUAGUAUUAAGCCUAAAUAAUGAUAAUUUUUUUGUUGUUCGUUCAAUUAGGCCCCUAUGUGUUUAGCACUGACUAAUGUAUGAGUUGUUUUCAAGCACCACAGGCGCAGGAGUGCUUGCUGUUCAUUUUGACAGGUCAGAGUUACUGUUACAAUUUUUUUUUGAAUUUGCAGUGCUACAUUCCUACACAACACCUUCCAGUAAAAUUGUCAGAUUUGUUUAUUUUUAGUUGGCUGUGCCAGACUGCCAGUGCCAUAGCCUAGGCUACUAUUUAAUGACUCUCUCUGAGUAAUAUGAAUAGAAUUCCCAUUCCAUUAUGGAGUGCACAUCUUGCAAAGCAACUUUUGUUUAUCACUAACCACGUUUCCAUCCAACCAUUUCAUGUGGAUUAAUUAUUACCUGAGGCAUAAAAGAAAGUCACGAGCCGGCUGAUGAAAACAUACAAUUCCGGUAAAAAUAUGUUUUGCCGUUUGACAAAGACAAAUAAUAUCGCUCUUAUCCAUAAUAAUCUCAUAAUGUAUGUAGCCUACCCGCACUCUUAUCUGCGAGCAUACACACAAAAAAUGUUUUAUGCACGCAUGACUGUAAGUCGCUUUGGAUAAAAGCGUCUGCUAAAUGGCAUAUUAUAUUAUAUUAUUAUUAUUAUAGCUGUUGGCUAGAGCGCAUGUGCCAAGACCAGAGUGGGCAAAUUUGCUAUAUAACGCAACAGUUUUUGUGACAAAACCAUCAGUAGAGUUGAAAAUGCGAUGGUAACCCAUUUAACUUGUGUGUUUCAUUUGGUACAUGGGAAUUUAAAGGCAAAAGUUAUUUUUAUGUUAUUUUUAUUUUUAUGUCAUCACGCAUUAUUGUUUUAUGCAGGUUUUUGAAUAUUCGCAUGAAAAUCUGUCGCACAUUGGAAGGAAACCUAGCUAUAGAUGUCCAAGUUAUUCAUUGUCAUUUGAAGGAUGAAACAAGGAAUAGCAGUUCUAUUACUUGGCCUUUACUACAGGAAUUGGCCUGUCAUGUGAAAACUAUUCCUCAUGUUUUGUCUGCAUACAUGAUUCUUUUGACCAUUCAUCCACUGCAGGUCAGACAUAGAACAAUGGACAUAGUUUCCUCUUGGACCCUAUUCUGUCCGGACACACAGCAUUCCUCAGAGAUGUUGUCUUUGUCAGACUGGUAAUUCUAUGAGCCAUGCAGUGUGUGAAUGGGGCGCCACCCAAGGAAUCACAGUGCCCCACUGAAAAGCAUCAUCCGAACAUACAGAUUGUCCAAGGCUAUUUUUGCAUCAUGAGUGGUUUGUGGGAUGAUGCCAACCAAACAUGGCAACCAAGCAUUCAAAGUCACUCACUGCCCUGGCCCAGUGUGCCUGUCCUCUGCUGCAGCUGCAUGCAACUUUGCAUGUGGUUUCUGACCCCAUCGGAUGUCAGGGUGUGGAUGUAAGUCCCUUUUUUAUGUAAUGCUCAUUGUAAUAGCCUACUCCUGUUUUGACUUGAAUAUGGACAGAGUUGAUUCUAGUAGAAUUCUCUGUUAUUGCAUGCAUGUGUAAACAGACAUAGGCCUACAUCUUAUAUGUCUCAAAUUAUGUUUAUCAUAUUUGUUUUCCCUAGGGCUCUCCAACCCUGUUUCUGGAGUCCUACCCGCCUGUAGGUUUUCACUCCAACCCCAGUUGUAACUAAACUGAUUAAUCUUAUCAAUUAUUAGAAUCAGGGGUGCUAGAUUAGGGUUGGAGCGAAAAUCUACAGGAAGGUAGCUCUCCAAGAACAGGAUUGGCGAGCCCUGGUUGUACCUGACUGGAGAGAGAGAUAGUUUCCUCAAAUUCAACUCUGGACCUCGAAGCCAGUUCCACUGCGUUUUUUCAUUGUUCCCCUCUAAUCAGGGAGUUAGACCUGGUACACCAGAUGUGUGCAAUUAUCAGGUAGAAAACCAGCAGGCUCUAGACUUUGUAGGGUCAGAGUUAAAUACCCCUGAGAUAGUGGAUGUGGGAACUAUUUGACAGACCAUGUAGUUCAGUACGAGAGUCUUUUCACAGACACACGUCUAAAUCUGUCCUCACAAUGAUUCGAUUUUAUUGGUGUUUCUAUCCUGAUAAGCAUCCAGUUUAUAACAUAGCUGUUUGCAUUUAAUAGCCAGGCAGCAGGAUCUGCAUACAUCAUUUUCCCAGCUUUCCCUGGCCCUACUGUUUGUCUUCCCUCCAGCUGGACAGGCCAGAGCGGAGAUGAUGUGUGCAAAUUGUUAUUUGCAGAGGGUGUGACCGACCAGGAGCACUUCCUCCUCCUUUCCCUUCUCAUCCUGCGUGCAUGCGUGUGUGUGUGUGUGUGUGUGUGUCUACAGCAGGGCGAAGGAGGCGUAGAGAAACACUUGGAGAAGGGAUACACUGACAGAGUACAUGAGGCAUCUAAUUGCCUCCUUCGAUAG